AUGCUCAAUCCUGCUGGCAGUCAGGCCCUCAAUGAGGUUAAUCAACAGGACUUCAAAAAUCUCUCCAAAUGCCUGAUGGGGUAUGCCACUGUCGGCGGAAAACUGCCCACAGGUGAGCAACGCUCGAUCUCGUUGGCAGUGUACGCCGGCAAUGUCUUUUCUCUGCAUUCGUGUGUCUUUAUGUGCCUGGCAGACGACAGGCGGGAAUAGGGCAGCGUCUGGAUGCAAAGUUGGCUAAGCUAUGCCUACCGGAUCAGGCUGUUGUAGUCCAGAGGCUCGAAUUUGGACGACUGUUCGGGAACAAAUACUGCCUACUUAAAUGAAACGUAGUAGCGAGAUAUCACAGGCGGAAAAAUGCCUUUGACGCUUUCGACUUUUAAAUAGCGCCGAAGACAGUCAACAUUCGUUUUUAAAUUUUGUACGGUCCACUAAGCGUGCUCCUUUCUCACACUUAUAGUGUUUUAAUCCCAUCCUACGUCUAGUAGAAGUUGCUUGCUCCAAAAAUUUUUGCUUAAUGUGCUGCUUGAGUGGAUGUUAUCAUCACGUAAAUUCUGAAGCGAGAUUAGUGAUGGAGAAAUGUGAAAGACUGAACAUAGUUUGUGGUCGUGUCUACUACCACCGUCUGUCCCUGUCUUCGACUGCUUGCAUAAGGCACAGUAUGCUGCACCUGACGUGCCGCCAUAACGGACUGCGCUAUUGGCGCACUGGAUCACGCCGGCCCACAGCUCGAGUUUACCAGGUUGUGCUGAGUGCGCUCUAGGCAACAACUGCAGCUGUGCAUGCGUGUCGCACACGUCAGGCGGAAGCAUUCACACCACACCAACCACUGUGCCCGAUCCCAUCACCCGUCGGUUGACAGGCUCGACAGUUGACUGGUGCACGACAGCGACUCUCGGAAAUCAUUCCCCGCGGCAUAUCAGCGCAUUCCUCAUUGCAAUAAACCUGACGCACUUGUGUCCAUCAGGGCUUGAAAGACUGUCAAUUGACGUGGUAACUACGCUCUUUCAGGACCGCGAGUCCAGGUGAGAUUCAGCUCCCUCAUAAUGUAGGCUUAUACAUACAGGGCGGAAAUGAGGUCGUAUUUGGCUGUGCCAGUACCCUCGGUCGUCUUUACUCUUGUCUUACCACCGGAAGCAGGUGAGAGUGGCAGGAGUGAGUGGGGUGGGUGCGUCACAAGUCCGCUCUAAUGUAGACAAAUUCAUGCUGACGUCUUUGCUGCUGGGCACACCUGGUGGAGCAGCUGUGAAUGUCUCUUGGGAUGGUCGGACUAUCAUGCGCUGUAUCUUUGUCUGGAGGAUCGGGGGUCCCUGAUUCCAAAGACGAUGUUUCUGGCGUCCAUAUCCGUUAUUCCAAUUGUUCACUUAAAGAAGUAUUUUAGUUACAAGGAUUCAUCCUGCCUAAAAACCGUCCUUUCUGUCCUCCACAUGUUGAUAGAUCCCCACUUCUGCAAUCGUUUUCAGUUUGGUCCGGUUUGCGCGCACGACUAAAGGGUCAGGGUUUUUAGCUCGUAGAAGAGUGCAGAACCAAGCCCAUUGAAGGUGCAUGUUUCGUCUGCGUCAAAUUUUGUGGAAACUGUUCCUAAAAUCUCAACCUUCUUACGUGCAAGGUCACAGUAAAAUGGUAUUCACCGACCUGAAUUGGUUUCGGGACAAUAUACAGACGCCCCGUUCUGCGUUGGAGCGUUGCGCUGCUAGGUGGCCAAUAAAUGAAUUACACCGACAAUGUUAGUGGGGGGCGAGAUGGCGGUUUUCAUCUUACCUGUCGUCUUCGGCCUGCCAUACUCUCACUUAUGACCUGGUUGAUCUGGAAUUUUAAUUAGGGUUCGCUCGAUUUAAUACUGAAUAGCAUUGCCGACAGAAACAAGCGGGACUGGGAUGACCAUUUCUGGCUUAUUCACCGUCGCCAGCCAACCAUACCCAACCACGAGGUGUGGAACACCUGGGGCUCGAUCUCGCAACCUGUUGGUUAGAAGUCCAGCGAUCCAGGUGUUCUACACCUCGGGGUUGGGUCUCACUAGCUGACGACGGCUAAUAAGCCAGAAAUGGGCAUUCCAGUCUCCCUUGUCUUUUUCGGCAAUGCUAUUCAGCCUAUAUCACGCGCCGCUAUGUGGCCGCUGGCGGGGCUUGAAAGAGCCCCAAGGCACAACGGGAUGAGUGAGUUCCGUAGCGCGAUCGGUGCUCACCCCUCUACCAGACCCAAUACUGCUGGAUGCUGGGUCAUGCUCCCGAUCUCAGCUGUCUUGUUUUGGGCCUGUGUUUCACUGGUAGCGUAUUCUGUCUCCAAAAUAUACUGAUCUAGGCUCCUAUUCAAUGCCCUAUCGGGUUUGGUUUGGGACCUAGCUGGUCACCGAUGCCAGCCUAACCAAAAUGAUCACUGCGGUUGCUCACUCUCGGUAGACCCUUCUAUCCAGUCUGUGUUCUGAAUAGGCCGUGCAGGUGCUUGACUUUUCCGUAGACCAAAUGAUGGGCGCCAAUCGUACAAGCGAUGGACGUAAAAUGCAACUCAGGCUCGACAGCCAGUGUUUUCUUUCUGCUAGCCACUUCCAACAUCUCGCCUAUAUAGUCUCCCCCUGCUUACUUUGACAGAAACGGAUCUCUCCUCACUGACCGCGCUGAUGAUCCAAUCAAAACUCCUCAAUGGACCCAACAACGCCACCCAUCAGGUGCCGCCAGCUGGGUCCUCUCUCAUCAACCCCGCUCCCGGCGGCCUGACGCCGCAAAACGCCGCGGCGGCAGCUGCUGCGGCGGCCGCCGCCGCUGGCCUAAUGCCCACCUUCCUGCCGCCGGCGCCGACCAGCUAUCGUGGCAGCAUCACCACGGGCCAGUCGGCGCAGCAGAUCCACCUGCAGCAGCUCGCUCAGGCGCAGCAGCAACAGCAGCAGCGGCAUGCCGGUGACGCCGCCGCCGCUGCCGCUGCGGCCGCCGCUCUGGUGGAGGCGUACGCCGCACAACAACAGCAGCAGCAGCACUCCAACCUCGGGGGCCCUGCUCGGUGA